GAUUAUCUAAAUUGGUAGUUAUAUAUAAUAAUGUCAGACAUGGAAAACAAUAGCAAGAAUAACCAAGAAAAUGAGCCCUCUAAAAAAAGACGAUCACGAAGAAAGAUGUCUAAGAAGAAGUUCUUGCAGCAAUAUGAACAGAAGCCGAAAAAGUUCUUAACUGUUUCCUUGCCAGAAGAGAAAAUGGAAGAAGAUAAAAAUGUUUUGAUUACAUUAUACACAAAACAGCAAAGGUUUGCUGUGCCCAAGUCUUCCAUUUCAGUACCUGAUGACACAGAUCCUACAGGCUUGAACAGAAUGCUGUCCACAAUGCUGGAGCAAAGUAAUCUGAAAGAAAGUCCUCCAGUGUUUGAUUUCUUGGUGGAUGGAGUCAUGUUACAUGGUGCUCUGUCCAAGUUUUUAGAAGAGUCUGAAGCUUCUAAUCGUGAAGGUGGUUUAGUAAUAGAGUACUUAGAGCAAUUACCUCCUCCCAUCCCAAAGGAUGCACUCAAUCAUGAUGACUGGGUUGCCGCACUACACUUCAGUCAAGAUAAGCUAUUAAUCACAGGAUGUUAUGACAACACCAUUCACAUCUGGCGCCCCAAUGUUGGUGACGGCACAAAGAAAGCCACCAAGGUUCUCUCUGAUGAUACAGAGGCUCAUAUCAUCAAGAUCACUGAUGCACACAAGGCUCCAGUCAAAGCCAUCUCUUGGAUUCCUAAGAAGAAUCACUGUUUCGUCAGUGGUGGCAUGGACCAGUCAGUGCGGAUAUGGCAGUGGGACGCCAAAAGCAACAGGGUGCGCUGUGUGUACAAGUGUCGUGGCCACACCCAGUCCAUCGAGAGUCUUGCUGUUGCUGCUGAUGGAGAACUCGUUGCAUCAGGCUCCUGGGAGGGAGCGCUCAAAAUAUGGACGACUGGUGACGAGGAUAUCAUAGAAGCCAAGGAUGACGAGCCGGAGAGCAAGAAGAGCCGCUCAACCGUUGAUCCUCCUAAGAACAAAGGCCCUCGGGCGACCCUGAGUAACCACACUCAGUCUGUGUCGGGUCUGGUGUGGCCCACACUACGCACUCUUGCCUCGUGCUCAUGGGACAACAGCGUGCGCUUGUGGGACGUGGAGGCUCAGCAGGCAACGGGACAUUACGUGGGCCCCUGCGCCUGUCUCUCUCUCGACUCGUCCCCAUUCAACAACACGAUCAUCUUCAGUGCCAUGGACGCACGCAUUAGGCUGCUUGAUCCUCGUAGUGGAGAUGGUUUGAUUCUAGAGAAGACAUUCCAGCAUCACAAGCGCUGGGCCAACUCCGUCAAGUGGAGCCCCACCAACGAGUACCACUUCGCCAGCGGCGGCUUCGACAACGUCGUCAAGCUCUGGGACAUCCGCAGUUGUCGGUCGCCGUUGUUCGAGAUGCUGAGUCACGAGGACAAGGUGCUCGCUAUCGACUGGUCCAGGCCUGGCGUGCUCUUCUCAGGCAGUGCGGACUGCAAUGUCAAGGUCUUCCUGCUCCCCAGGAACGCCUCCCAUGAAGACCAAUAACUUCUGGGCGUUAGCGAGUCUUCCGUAGGCUUUCUUCUAGUGUUCUAAACGAUUUUCUAUCUGCCAUUGUACUCUUGUUUAUUUCAUUGGAUAACAUUCAUAUUAUUUGUUGAUAAGGAGUUAAUAAGCAUUUUAAUAGCGCGAAGGUUGAUUACGAACAAAAGAGGAAUGGAUACGAAAAACUUGCCUCGUAAUAGUAGGCAGCGCUGUUUCACUUUGUGACGUUUUUUGCACUUGUGACUCCCAGGUCUUUCCGCUGUUUUCCUAUGUUCUCUGUAGUUACGGAGCCGUGAAGUUAUUUGUGUUGAAAACUGUAUCAUGUUUUGAAGAUAACACAUGCUGAUG